UAAGACAAGAGAUGUGACAGUUACUACACGGAGAAGAAAACCGACAAAACUAGAAGACUGUAGUGCCCAUAUCAUAAGUAUUUUCUAGACUGAUCAAAGCACAAAGAUUCAUUCAACCAAACUUCAUCCUAUCUUUUGUAUGGAUCAGUGGGUCCAAAGCCCCUUGCCACCUUGGACCAAACCGCGUCUUUCAACAGGAAAACUCUGUUCUUCUCCUAGGAUUUUUUUCUCACCAAAUUUAUGGCCUUCCCAAAGCUUGUCCCCCUUUGAUUGGUGUUUCCCAAAAGAAUUUUUUAAUUCCUUUUGGAGUUCCUACAGAACAUGCACAUUAAUUUUCACCUGUGCAGCUGCUUGGAAGCUUACUCCCUCCAGGAGUUUCAGUGUCUGUGUAACAGUAAUCCCAGCACCAGUAUAAAUACCCUUAACUGGAUUACAGCAUGUACCUCAUUUACAUGAAACAAUCAAUUUCGUCCAGAAAAAAACGAGGAAUCAAUACAUAUAUGGACGGAAAGAAUAGCAGCAGUGCUACGCGGGGCGGCGUGUCUUCAACCUAUAGAGGCGUGCGCAAGAGAAAAUGGGGCAAAUGGGUGUCUGAAAUUCGUGAGCCUGGAAAAAAGACUAGAAUCUGGUUAGGGAGCUUCGAGACACCUGAAAUGGCAGCCGCAGCGUAUGAUGUAGCAGCGUUACACUUGCGGGGUCGAGAGGCACGCCUUAACUUCCCAGAGUUGAUCGAUUGUCUUCCCAGGCCACCCAGUUCCAAUGCUGAGGACAUCCGAAUGGUGGCUCAGGAGGCGGCCCUGCGGGUCAGGACGAAUGCUGCAGCGUCGUCGUCUGAGGCUGGCGGUAGCUGCUCCAGCGCCGGCCCCGGCGUUGGCCCUGUCACGGUUAGGCUGUCUCCGACCCAAAUUCAGGCCAUCAACGAGUCCCCUCUGGACUCUCCCAAGAUGUGGAUGCAAAUGUCGGAGCCAUUGAUGAUGGACGAGGCAAUGAUGUUCUGCGAUGAAAAUGGGGAGAAUGAGUGGGAUGACAUGCAGAAUGACUCUCUUUGGGAUCCUUAGGUAAUGUUUUGCUACUUUGGGGUCCUUUAGGUAAUGUUUUACUACUAAGUACUAAUAGCAAAUAUACAUUAACAGAACAGGAAUGAGUGACAUUUACUACAUUUUUUACCAAUUAGGUUUCAAUAUCUAUGAAUAAACAAUCAACAAUCAAUGAAAAGGUUUAAGUCCUGAUUGAUUUCAGUGCUUCAAACCUUGGAUUGACAGUUGAGCUAACUGUUUGAUGGAAUAGUGUGAAGAACAAUACUGUUGGGUUUGGGUAUUAUCUCUGAGCCUGCGGAAGGCCACUUGUCAUCAUUUUAGAGAUAGGGUAGAGAUUUUGGUGGGUCCCAUUCCUUAACAGGUCUUCUCUUCGACUAGUGGAUGAGAUUUUUCUUCAAUCUCUGACAGGACCGACCGACCAUCUCACAUAUUGGCUACUUUUUUUUUAAUCAGCUACGCAAAGGGUGUGCUUUGAUUUGUUUUAUUUUAUGUAAUAAUAUUCAGCUCUUGUAAUUGAGUUCUAUUUAAUUAUAAUUUUUUAGCUUA